GUGUAUAAUCGAUAUUCAAAAUGGUUCAUGUUGUGCGUAGUUUAAGUUGCAGGUUGCAAUCGUGUUGCGAUACUUUAUUGAAAUAUAAUUAUUACAAAAAAUCCACAGUCUCAUCAUAUUUAUAUAGCAACUUUUCAUCUAGUUCAACUGAGAUAUUAUCUGAAAAAUAUGAUGUGGUGGUGGUUGGAGGAGGUAUUGUGGGAAUGGCAACAGCACGGGAAAUUCUCCUUCGCUACCCACAUCUUAAGAUGGCUGUACUGGAGAAAGAGAAGGAACUUGCGUGUCACCAGACAGGACAUAACAGUGGAGUGAUACAUGCCGGCAUAUAUUACAAACCUGGCACGUUGAAGGCAAAGCUUUGUGUGGAGGGUUUGAAUCUAGCAUAUAAAUACUGUGAUGAACACAACAUUCCAUAUAAAAAGUGUGGCAAGCUAAUUGUGGCUACAAAUCCUGUUGAGGAAAAGAGACUUGAUGAUUUGUAUGAAAGAGGAAAGAAGAAUAAUGUGAAAGACUUAGAAAUGAUUAGUGCCAAACGGAUUAAAGAAAUUGAACCAAUGUGUCAGGGAACUCGUGGUCUUUGGUCCCCACAUACUGGCAUAGUAGACUGGGCCGAAGUGACGAGAUCAUAUGGAAAGGAUUUCACAGAAAAGGGUGGCAGGAUCCAUUUGAAUUUCAGAGUUAUUUCAUUUAAGGAAACAGCUGAAAGUUCAUCAGCAUCUAAAGGUGAUGGAAACAAGUAUCCUGUCUCUGUCCGUGGGGAAAAUAGUGCUGUAAAAGCAUCGUAUGUUCUGACAUGUGGUGGCCUUCAGUCUGAUGAGCUGGCACAGAUGUCGGGCGGAAAGAUCAAUCCUAAGAUCGUUCCGUUUCGUGGCGAAUAUCUUCUUCUGAACCCGAAGAAGCAACAUAUGAUUAAAGGAAAUAUAUAUCCAGUUCCAGAUCCGCGGUUUCCGUUCCUUGGUGUACAUUUUACUCCUCGAAUGGAUGGAAGUAUCUGGAUUGGUCCAAAUGCUGUACUUGCUUUGAAACGAGAAGGAUAUGGUUGGUGUGAUGUCGAUGUCAAAGAAUUGAUGGAUACUUUGUCGUAUCGUGGUUUUCAGAAGAUGGCUCUGAAGAAUAGUGUAUUUGGAAUAUCAGAGAUGAUAAAGUCUGCAUUUAUAACACUUCAGUUACGUGAGAUUAACAAAUUUAUUAAAGAAAUUACAGCUGACGAUCUGUCGAGGUGAGCUCUCUUUUUAAUAGUUUAAUAGUAGUUACUGGUAUAAUUUUCUUACAAAUUAUGAUCAUUCAUCUGUGCUUAUAACUCAGACAAUGGCCACAGAUUUGCUUAAAUAACAGAUUGAGAAAUGGGAAUAGUGCGUCAUUAUUAGGUUACAAUUUUUAAAAGAAUAUGUGAAGCUCUUACUAAAAUACGUGCUGACGGCCACAAAGUUUGGGUCUGCUGCAUGUGUCUCAUGUAACCAUAAAACUAUCACCGCUUGCUACUUUCGGAAGAGGCGUCCAUGCCCUGCCCAAAAGUACUUGUUUUGACGUAAAUACGUCUAUGCGGAAGGGUCAUUCAGCAAAAAUAACGUUGGUUACGAAGAUGUGUAAGAUCCUCUAUGUAAAAUGAUCAGUAAAUAAGGACCCCUAAGAAUCUG